AUGACCCACUCGUGCUGCUCCUCUUGCUGCCAGCCUACGUGCUGCAGGACCACCUGCUGCCGGACCACCUGCUGCCAGCCCACAUGCUGUGGGUCCAGCGGCUGUGGGUCCAGCUGCUGCCAGCCUUGCUGCCGCCCAACUUGCUGUCACACCACCUGCUGCAGGACCACCUGCUGUAGGACCACCUGCUGCCAGCCCAGCUGCUGUGGGUCCAGCGGCUGUGGACACAACUGCGGUGGGUCUAGCGGCUGUGGCUCCAGCUGCUGCCAGCCUUGCUGCCGCCCAACUUGCUGUCACACCACCUGCUGCCGGACCACCUGCUGCCAGCCCAGCUGUUGUGGGUCCAGCGGCUGUGGGUCCAGCGGCUGUGGACAAAACUGCUGUGGGUCCCACUGCUGCCAGCCAGUUUGCUGUACCCCCGUGUACUGCACGAGAACCUGCUACCACCCCACCUGCUGUUGCCUGCCUGGGUGCCUAGCCCAGGGCUCUGGAUCCUGCUGCCAGCCUUCCUGCUGCUGA